AUGCUACGGAUAACGCUUCUCCUAGCGCUCGCGGCACUCGCCUGCCACGGCGCUCCAACUUCCGACGAUGUAGCAGUCGAUCGGAUGUACAAAAGCGUUAUUGUCGGCGACUACGAAAGCGCUGUCGCUCUCAGCAAAGACCUCGAGAAGCAAAAGCGAGGUGAUGUUAUCGCUCUCGCCGUCAACAAACUGAUCGACGAAAGCCAACGCAACGUUAUGGACUUCGCCUUAUAUCUGUGGAGAGACGCCAAAGAUCUUGUCAAGAACUACUUCCCUCUCGAAUUCCGGAGCAUCCUCGGCCAGCAUUUAGUCAAGUUGAUCAGCAAAAGAGAUAACAUGGUGGUGAAGUUGAACUCUAAAGUUGACGGCGAUGGUGAUAGGAUGGCUUACGGUGACAGCAACCACAAUAUCGGCGACAGAAUGGCCUGGAAACUCAUUCCAGUCGAGGAUUCUCAGGUGUAUUUUAAAAUGUACAACCCUCUUACUAAUCAAUACCUGAAAGCUGGAGUCAAGGUUGACAGCGACGGAGACCACACUAUAUACGGUAGCAGCCAGUCUAACGAGAACCGACACCAAUUCUAUUUGGUGCCGGUGAGGUAUGACGGGCAGGUCUUGUUCUACAUUUACAACCGCGAGUUCCAACAGGCGCUGAAGCUGGGCAGGGCUGUCGACUCGGAUGGCGACCGGAUUGUGUAUACAGAACACGGUAAUGUCGUCGGAGACCCUUACAGCUUCGGGUGGAAAAUCAAACCGUUGUAA